AUCACGUGGGCCAUCAAUCACUGCCUCAUCCCUAAUCCGGCAGAAUCUAAAUCCAUUAAAAUGGGAGUUGGGCCGAUGUUUCUUCAAAACUGAUCCAUUAUAUGUAGAGACCGGAGAAUCCAGUGUCGACUGGUAAGACUUGAGAUGAGAGAGGAAGACAAAUUACGUGCCAAUGUUUCCCGCAGUAGGAAGCAAAAAACCGUUUCGCAAGCCGGCCCGGACCACACGUUUCUUUCGGUGACUUAUUAGUCAUUUUCACAAACGAACUGUGAUGACUAGUUAGAGCUUACUAUGGGUGCCUGAUCUCUUUCAUACUUCUUUCUAUGAUUUUUGCCCGAUGAGGAAUGCCUUCGCCACUCUCAACCGUCAACGCCGUCUCUCCACCGCAGUACACCAUGAUAGACCUGUUGGAACCAUGUUAUGUCGUUCUGUUUCUCUGGAAGUUCAGAUGGAAAUUGGAAUCGGAAGGACACCGGAUACUUGGCGCCCAUCAUACUUGUUGCAACGAAAUGUGUUUUCUAAGGGUUUUGUCAGUGUGCAUGGGGAGAGGCCUUCUGCCGAGUAUGCAAAGUUGAGGAAAGAAACACUGGAAAGUGAAUUCGGGCAUACUGUUGGAACACGCAGCUCCAAAAGUGUGUCUGUUGUCUACCGAUUUGGUCCAUUUUUGGCAUUGUACAGAGCAGCAAUCAUUUCAUUUCAUGUAUUGAAGUUGACCAUUUGGCGAUUUUUUUUUCGAGACAUUAAAGAGCGUGCUUCCAAGUUUCGGGAGACUCUAAUUCGCUUGGGUCCUUUCUACGUUAAGAUUGGGCAGGCUCUGAGCACUAGACCAGACAUAUUGCCACCUGUUUAUUGCCAAGAACUUGCUAAGUUACAGGACCAAAUUCCCCCAUUUCCAACCCAUGUCGCAAUAAAAUCUAUUGAAAAUGAACUUGGUAUUCCAGUUUCAGAAAUAUUUGCUGAUAUAAGCCCGGAACCUAUUUCAGCUGCAUCUAUAGGACAGGUGUAUAAAGCUCACCUUCAUUCUGGAGAACUUGUAGCUGUUAAAGUACAGAGGCCUGGUAUUUCACUCUUGUUGACCCUUGACGCAUUGUUAUUCCACAUGAUUGGGGGCCAAUUAAAGCGAUUUGCAAAAGCCCACAAAGAUUUGUUAGUUGCUGUAAAUGAAAUGGUAAGACACAUGUUCGAUGAAAUCGAUUACAUCUUGGAGGCAAGAAAUGCCGAACGCUUUGCCUCUCUUUAUAGUGACUGCAUUAUUCAUGGCCAAACUUGUAAUCAAAACUCUAAAGAUGGGAUUACCAACAAAACCAAAAAUGCAAGCGGAAUAAAAGUGCCAAUAUACUGGGAUCUCACUCAAAAAGCUGUGCUUACAAUGGAAUGGUUGGAUGGAAUUAAGCUUACAGAUGAAACUGCCCUGAAGAAGGCAUGUCUGAACCAAAGGCAACUUAUUGACCAGGGAGUAUACUGCUCUUUGAGACAAUUGCUUGAGGUUGGGUUUUUCCAUGCUGAUCCACAUCCAGGAAACCUAUUUGCUACUAUCAGUGGCUCCCUUGCAUAUUUAGACUUUGGGAUGAUGGGAGAUAUCCCUCGCCAUUAUCGUGUAGGACUUAUUCAAGUGCUUGUGCACUUUGUUAAUCGUGACUCUCUGGGAUUGGCAAAUGACUUUCUUUCUUUGGGAUUUAUUCCUGAAGGAGUUGAUAUACAAUCUGUGGCUGAUGCAUUGGAGACGUCUUUUGGGAAGGGAACACGACAAUCUCAAGACUUCCAGAGUAUAAUGAACCAGUUAUAUGAUGUUAUAUAUGAUUUUAACUUCUCUCUUCCCCCGGACUAUGCUUUAGUGGUAAGAGCUCUUGGUUCACUAGAAGGGACAGCUAAAGUUCUUGAUCCUGAUUUCAAAGUUGUUGAAACUGCAUACCCUUUUGUGAUUGGGAAGCUCUUGGCUGAUCCAAAUCCUGAUAUGAGAAAAACUUUAAGGGAACUUCUCAUCUGUAAUAAUGGAUCCAUUAGGUGGAACCGCCUAGAGCGCUUGAUAGCAGCAAUAUCAGAACAGGCAUCUGAAUCGUCUGAGGAGCCUCCUAAGUCUGAAGAAAAAGGUUCGCAUCCCUUGGGAUGGAAGUCAUUCGAUAUGCAUGCUGUUGUUGCUGCCACCGAAGAUCUCCUGCUUUUUAUUCUAUCUGAGAAGGGUCAAAUAGUGCGGGUUUUCCUCCUGCGUGAUAUAAUUAGAGCAGCAGAUAUAUUUCUACAGGACGAAGUUAUGGGUCGUAGACUAGAUGCUGAAAGUAAAGCAAGAAAAACUUCAGAAUCAGAGGACGAUGCGAUUAUGAGAAGAGUUAUGAAUGGGUUUGGGUCACUGAAAGAAGCAGUGAAGUUGGGCCCAGAGGUGUGGACCCCAAUGUUCAUCCGCAUAGCACUGAACCCACAAACCCAUAGGUUUUUUGCAGACGUGAUAUCGGCCUUAAUGAUGCGGCUCAGCAACAAAUUUCCAGACACUUUCUGGGUUUGCAUGUCUACACUAAUUCACAGGGUGGCAAAAUCCCAACCACCUCACACUCCAUCCCAUCCUAUUACAUAAAUAAUUAUAGUAAAUAGGGAUAGGGAGAGAAUGAUGAAUUAUAUAUGAGAGUAGGUUGGUGUUUUUAGUGUGGAGGCCUUCCAUUCCCAUUUAUCUUUAAUUAAAUUAGGCGUGCUAUAUCAUUGCCAUCUGGCAACUCAUGCUAUCUUCCUUGUAGGAUAGGAUAAUGUAAAUAAUUUGUAAAGAAAAGAAAUGGGUAUAAAAGAUAAUAAAUAAUACAA